AUGAGCUAGAAUCGUUCCUAUAAUGAUCCCUACCCCUAAGGUAAUGAAGAGAGUCAGUUGACUCCUAAUGAAGCAUAAGGUCUGCAAAAUUAAGAAACAAUUAAUGAGAAUCUCAAUUAGGAAAACAACAUUACCAAUAAUGAAUAAAAAUAAGUAUAAACUUAGAUGAGUUAGAAAACAGAUGAAGAGAUUGGUAAAUACUAUAAAAUAAUGAAUUUUAGAUAAAAAAUUAACAAUCUAGUGGAUGAACAGAAAAGGAGUUGAAUUAAAACCGGAAUCGUCAGACUGCAUUGAGAAUGCUAAGAAGAAUGCUAAGAAGAAUGCUAAGAAGAAUGCUAAGAAGAAUGCUAAGAAAUAAAAUUACAACAUUUUAUUUAAAUUACUAUGGUAAAUAAUAGAUGAUGAGGCAAAAAAUAAACUAAUUACAUUUAUAAUAGAAGGAAAGAGAAAAGGGUUAAUAAAAAUAGAUACUCAUCAAAAAUUAAUCCUUUACUCAACGGACAUUCGAUGUAAUGAAGAAAUUCAACUAUAAUUCAAUUAAGUGGAAGCAAACAAUGAAUUAAAGAAAUUAAAAAUAAACUUAAAGAAAUAAGAAAUGAUCGAAUAAAAGGAUAUGGAUACAAAAAUAUAAUUCAAUUAAGUGAUAGUUAACAAUAAUUUAAAGAAAUUAGAAACAGAGAUAUCAUUCGAUAAAGUGAAAGUUAAUAAUAAUAAAUUAAAGAAAUUAGAAAUAAAACUAUCAUUAAAUUAAGUUAGAGUAAACAAUAAAUAAGAAAUUCCAUAAGAUGAAGUGAUGAAAAUAGAUCUAUCAUUGAAUUAAGUGUAAACAAACAAUAAAUUGAAGAAAUUAGAAAUAGCACUAUCGUUCAAUUAAGUGGAAGUAAACAAAAAAUUAGAGGAAUUAAAAAUAACAUAACGAAUUCCAAGGAUCUUUUUUAAUGAUAGCAAGAUAAAUGAUACAAUAACGGAUAUAAAAGAAUAGUUGAUAUUGUUGAAAUUGUUGAAAUAGUUGGAAUAGUUAAAAUAGUUGAAAUAGUUGGAAUAGUUGGAAUAGUUGAAAUAGUUGGAAUAGUUGAUAUAGUUGGAAUAGUAGGAAUUGUUGAAAUAGUUGGAAUAGUUGGAACAGUUGAUAUAGUUGAAAAAGUUGAAAUAGUAGGAAUAGUUGGAAUAGUUAAAAUAGUUGGAAUAGUUGAAAUAGUCGAAAUAGUUGAAAUUGUAGAAAUUGUUGGAAUAGUUGGAAUAGUUGGAAUAGUUUAAAUAGUUGGAAUAGUUGGAAUAGUUGAAAUAGUUGGAAUAGUUGAUAUAGUCGAAAUAGUAGGAAUAGUUGGAAUAGUUGGAAUAGUUGAUAUAGUCGAAAUAGUAGGAAUAGUAGGAAUAGUUGAAAUAGUUGGAAUAAUCAAACUUUAAUUAGGAUAAGAUUAAUUUUAUUAAUACGCAACUAUAGGUAUUAGGUAUGCUGAUUAAAUAUAUCUAAGAUAAAAAAACUGAAAAAACUGUCAAAACUAACAAAAAACAAAAAAAUAUCUUUAAUUUUAAAAAAAAAGACUUAGAAUUUCUUUGGGAGGAUUGGCGAGUUGAGUUUAUAAAAUUAAAAUCAGAAUUAGAUGAUGAAAAUAAGAGUAGUGCACUUAUUAACAAAAUACUCAAAAAAUGUCCUUAAAUUAGUGUAGAAACAAUAUCAUCAGUGAGUAAACAUAUCAAAAAAUAAACUCUAAAGUUAAUUAAUUAAAAAGUAAAUUGUAAGAUAAAAAAUUAAAAAAAGGUCUAAUAAAUUACAGAUCAAUAAGUUAAUAUACAAUAAUAAAGUGAAUAAUAACUGUUUAAUGAAUAAGAUAGCUAUAAUAAUAAUAGAGUCAUUACCUCGUCUUUAACAAAAAGAUACUCGAUAACUGAUUAGGAUGUACAUUAAACUUCUUGUAAAAUGAUAUGUAAAGAAAAGACAAAUUCAUAAAAAGGUGAAUAAGAUAAUAAUCAAAGUGGAAUAGGUCUUGUAGAAUCAGGCCUUAAAUUACCAAUCAUAUAAAGCUAGCAUUGCAGCCCCAAAAUCUUUUAAGACGGAUCAAUGCAGUCAAGUUAUCCUUUAUAAUAACAUUAAAAUACAAAAGAUAGUUAAGGAUGUGAUAAGAUGAAAAAUUAAAACUAAAAUCAAAUUUCUGUACAAUCAAUUAACAAAGAAAAUUAGAUAAAUUCAUCAGAAGUUGGAUUUGAUGAUCAAUCAUGUAAAAUACCUUCUGUAGAAUAAAACGAAGAAUCAUUCAACUAAAACUUUUAAAAUGAAAAUGAAUAUUAUCCACAAUCAAAUAAUGAGGAAUUGAAUUGCUAGAUUAUUACUGAUCCUCCUAUUUAGAAAAGAGUUUAAAAAUAGAAAAAUGAAUCAGAAAGUGAAUGUUAUGAUCUAUAAUGUAAAAUAAUUAAUAUAACUUUUAAUAGAUAGAGAAAAAGAAUUAGAUUUGGGAGAGGAGGGUCAAAUAAAAGAGGAGGAUCAAAUAAAAGAGGAUGGGCCAUUUAAAAUAGAAAAUGGAAAGAAAGCAAAGAAAGCAAAGAAAGCAAAGAAUGCUAAGAAAGCAAAAAAAGCAAAGAAUGCUAAGAAAGCAAAAAAAGCAAAACCAAAUCCCAAAUAAGAGCCAUAAAAUUAGAGAAAUUUCACCAAAAAAAAGAUUGCCAAAUGAAUAAUGAGAGAUUAUUAUUAUAAAGCAUAAGAAA